AUGUCCAGUUUGAACAACAGCAUCUUUACUACACCCUCUGGAGCUCAUAAUAGUUGUUCUUCAAAGAUGCUGGACAAUGAGCUGAAGCGUAAUUUGGAAACGGUUUAUGAUGUGGAUCUUUGUUCUUCUCAGUCUUCAACUAAACCGCGUCAGGGUGAUUGUGAGAACAAUGAAGUACUUGAUGUUUGGUUUCAUAUGGAUAUUUCGUUUAUUAUCGUGGUAUUAAAAGAUUAUUUAUUAUUAGGAAUCAUGGAACUUAUUGGGGAUGACAUGAUAUUUGAAGAGAUCUUAUCGAGACUACCUGCAAAGGCAGUUUGUCGUUUCAAAUGUGUUUCUAAACAAUGGUGUUAUGAAUUAUCCACACCAAAGUUUGUUUUCAUCCAUACUCGGCGAGUUGGAAAUUCAAUACAAAAGAAGCUGCUCUCCUUGAAAGAAAGUUCCAUAGUCGUUGACGACAUAGUAUCUGGCAACUUAGAAGUCGAUACUAGCAAAACCGUAAAUUUUCCAUAUGAUGUCCAUCCAUCCUUUUUAAGCAUUAUAUGUUCGUUUAAUGGUCUGAUUUUAGUUUGCAUUAAAAGGAAUCCCAAUGAGCUGGUCCUUUGGAAUCCAACGACGAGACGUUUUAAGUUGAUAUCGGACGACUACUUUAUUCGUUAUUUUGGUCGACACUACGAUACUGGUGGAAUGUACUUAGAUGAGGACAACGAUCUAAAAGUGCUUCAUAUUAAUUGUUACUGGGACGUAGUUACUGCUCGUGUAUAUUCACGACGUCAUGACUCAUGGAGAAAAUUAAACUUCUUGAACGGAACUCAAUUCGCUUCAAACUUUUAUUCAUGGUCUUCUGGAACUUAUUCCGGCAAAACAAUAUAUUUCAUUGUUUCAAGCUACUGGAUUCCACCUGGUGAAAGGAACAUAGUUGCUUACGAUGUUAUCUCUGAAUCUUUCAGUUUACUUCGUUUUCCGGAGCGUAUUGAAGUCAAUCCUUGCCAAGUACAUUUUCUAACAAUUUCGAACAAGCUCCAUGUCAUUGUUGUUCAUUAUGCUGGUGAACUAAUUGCAGAUUUGGUCAAAUAUGAACAUGAUGACUGGAUCAAGGUCUUUUCUUUCAAUAAGGCUCGCAUAGUUCAACAUUUGGAGCCUCAGCAAAGGACAAAUGUAAUUCAAGACAACAAGUGGUUGAUAACCAGUAUUUGUGGAGAUACUGUUGAAGUUCUACUUUGCAAUGAUUCUUUUAACUACAUCCAACAUGUUGACAGCUACAACGGACCGAAAGGCGCAUUAUUUUUUGAGACAAUUGUUUCGCCUUUCGAUUAA